AUGUCUCAAUCAUUGCGUCCGUACCUUUUGGCUGUUAGAUCUUCAUUGACGGCAGCACUCGCGAUAUCGAACUUCGCUUCUCAAACCUCCGAAAGACACAAUGUCCCCGAAAUUGAAGCCGCAACUUCUCCGGAACUACUUCUCAACCCCCUUACAAUCUCCCGGAAUGAGAACGAGAGGGUCCUUAUCGAGCCCAGCGUGAACAGUGUCCGUGUCAGCAUCCGAAUCAAGCAGGCAGAUGAGAUCGAACAUAUCUUGGUCCACAAGUUCACUAGGUUCCUGACGCAGCGCGCGGAAUCCUUCUUCAUUCUACGGAGAAAGCCAGUGAAGGGAUAUGACAUUUCAUUCCUCAUUACGAACUUCCAUACUGAACAGAUGCUGAAACACAAAUUGGUGGACUUCAUCAUUCAAUUUAUGGAGGAAGUGGAUAAGGAAAUCUCGGAAAUGAAGCUCUUCUUGAAUGCUCGUGCUCGUUUCGUUGCUGAGUCGUUCUUGACACCGUUUGAUUAG